UUGCAUGUCACUCAAAUGUUCCUCAUACGCCAGAAGUAGUUCUGUGGCAAUUGGUUAGGGCUGUGAGUACAUGUGAGGGGCUUUCUCAAGUAGUCUUUCUAGGUUGUCCUCUUUGUCUGGCCCCACACUGAGAUGAACAAGGUGGUUAGAAAGGGUGGUCAGCUAAACACCCCACUUGUUCAUUUUUUGGUUUAUUUGUCAGGGACCAUGUAUGUGCAAAAACCCAACUAAGGAGAGACAGAGAGAUAAAGGUGUGCAAUGGUUUGGAGAGCAGAUUAAAUCAAUGUUUUCACAAAGUUUUUAAUGACACUGUAGUAAACUAUCAGUGCAUUUUUUACUUCCAUUUUCCAAGUCUGUGUGCAUGUGAGCGUGCGUGCAUGCAUGUAUGAAAGUGUGUGAAAGUUUAAAUGAGUUUAUCUCUACUAUGAGCUCAUUAUUAUCUACUUGUCCUGCCACAGCACCAGUCACCUGGCUAAGUUUUCUUUUGAGAGAGGAGUAGAUGGAGAGUGUGAGUGAGAGGUGGUGUGAGCUUUUCACAGACCCACCCAGUGUGUGUGGGUGGAAGCUGUGGGUUCCAGUCCCCGAGUUUUUAUAAGACUGAGAUGCUUAGAUAGAAGCACACAUCUCCUGCACACAGAGGCGACACACACACUCACGCUCCUCUCUCACACACUUUGCACCAUGAGUGGUACACAGGGCUAUCCUUACCCCCAGGUGUUUCUAGUGGACAGUGGUAGAGGUCCACAGCCGUCGGUCCAACCUCCAGGCAUGCUGCCCUGCUGGUCCUUCCCUCCUGCCCAAGAGAGAGUGAUGGAGCGGGGCAGGGGCAGAGGCUGCAGGGGGGUUGGCUCCUGGAGCCUGACUAUGGCUCUGCUGUUUCUGCUGCUGCUGGUGUUUGGGGCAUUGGGACUGGGUACCUACCAGAUAAUCAAACUACAGACUCAACUCGACGGGAUACAACAGGAAAUUAACAUUGAGAUUGAUGGUCGUGGGCCUGAGAAGCUAGUGGGUGACCUUCCAGAGACCGAUCCAAACAGAGGGAAGACAGCCGGCAGACCUGCAGCACAUGUUAUAGGCCGGAUUGAGAAGCAUGUUUCACAGAAUACCUUGCGUUGGGAGCCAAAGGCGGGGCGGGCCUUCACAGAGGGGGGCGUGGUCUAUCGGGAUGGCGGUCUGCAAGUCAACGAAACUGGGCUCUACCACAUCUACUCCCGGGUGCAGUUUGAAGCCAAUCACUGCACCCCUACAGAUGCCUUGGUUCACUCUGUGUUUGUAAGAAGGCCAGGGAAUCGCAAGUCUCUCACCCUAAUGGAGGGGCACAGGGAGGGCUACUGCAACCUGGGCUCUCAUGGGCAUGUCUGGACCUCGGGGAGUUACCUGGGAUCCACACUGAAGCUUGAAAAGCAGGACUGGCUGUAUGUGAAUGUCUCCCAUCCAGCCAUGCUCAGCCACGCUCAUCAUGCCAACUUCUUUGGACUCCACAAGAUCUAGAGAACAAGAGGAGAUCUGUUUCAUGUCUAUUUUCUGGCCAAUGACCAUUAUAUUUUGCCAGAACAGUAAUGGCAGUGCAAUGAGCAUUCAUUUAUUUAUUUGUGAUGUUAGAAGUGCAGUGGGUCUCAACUGAUAUUUCAAUCCUAGAACCUUAACACUAAUAUGCUUGUGAGGAAAGUGGUAUUUAGUAUUUAUUCUGAUUUAAAAAAUCUGACACUGAUGAUCCCAGCAGCAGGUCUGAAUGUAUGUUCAUUAGAACGCAGAGAAAUAAUAUGCAUGUUUGGGAUUUAAUAUAAUGUCAACGGGUAUACAACGUUCUAUUGUAAUAAAUAAGUAUUUUAAAGA